GAUAACUCUAUUUGUUUACAUCAAGGUCGCAUAUAGAUGCAGUUUCGCAUUCCUGGCGAGAUAUUUCUUGGGAUCGAGGGAAUAAUGAUAGAGGAACUUGGGCUCGUUUUACACAUCUAGAAUUAUGAAAUUGUAUUUCUCAGUGUUGUGUAUUUCAAUAUUAUUCUCCGAUUCGGAAUCUCUCUCCACACGUAAAUUGACGUUCGAAGAUGAUAGAUGUUAUGGGCCGUUUUAUCCCACGUCGAGAGAAAGUUUCGAAGUCACCCAUACAACCGACCAGUUAAGUUUUCUUUGUAGAGACUUUUCGUUUAGUGGCUGGGAUGAUGGUGCAUCAUUGGAAAGGGAAGUAUGUGUCAAAGUGAAAGAGUUCAUUCUGGAUUGCUCUCAGACAUUGGAGUACAGGGCGGGAGGCAAUAGAAACACUCCCGUUAGAACGUAUUCCUGUAGUGACAGUGCUGAAAACAUCCCAGUAUUUUGUACAUUUGAAUUACUGUACAUUCGUAUAAAGACAGAGAGGAAAAUAGAGAGCUCAAAAGUUGUCUACACUGUGUAUGCAGGACGCGAAGACACAUCAAAUAAAAAAAGUUCUCCAGUAUCAGCGAUAGUCGGUGUUGCCCUUUCCAUAGGAUUCAUAGUUUUCAUCGUUUGUAUAGUGAUGUGCAUACGCAGAAGAAAACUAAAUGAGAUGCAAAACCGGGGAGCGAUGGUUGCUUACCGACAAAAUCAGCAACCCAGUGUUAAUAUACAUCACCAUUAUCACCAAGGAAAUCAGGGAGCGAAUACAAAUCAGGGUCAGUUUCAAGGACAACCUCCCCUUCCUCAAGGAUACAGUAUGCCACCACAGGCACCUCCUCAGUUCCAGGUUUACCCUCAGUAUCCAUCCGGGCAACAGAUGAUACCUCCCCAUCCACCGGUUAAUGUACAACAGCCCAUAAAUAACAUGGGUGCACCUCCGUCGUAUGAUGAGGUCACCAAAGGAUAACUGUGAUAUAUCGACCAUUUGAUUUCACGUUGGUUGGUGAUAUAUUAUAAUGGUUGUAUUAAGAUUUUAUUGCUUGAUUUCUUUAUUAACAUUUUUAAAAAAAAAAACCCACAUCAUUACAGAAAUUAUGGCAAUGGUAAUGUUGAAGGGCAGUUUUCGUAGCAGUUUUGCGAUUUUAAACAUUUGUGCGAUAUGAUGCAAUUGUGGUGAACAAUUAUACCUAAUGUUGAAAACUGAGUCAUACAUUUUAUUAUCAUCAUAUACAUGUAGUAACUUUCAUUCACCUGCACUAUUUCUAAAUCUUAUAGAAUAUGGAUGAGUAUGUAUGAAUUUGGAGAGUUACUGAGAGAAUUCAACCAAAAUUAUCAUUUCAUGUUAACUUUAUGCUUGCAAUUUUUACGUCUAUUUUAUAUCAUAAUUAUAUUCAUAGUCCUGAAUUCAUGUUAUGAGUUGUGGUUUUUUUUUUUUGGCCGUAUUUUUAAUUUUGACCCAUUAUUGUUUUCAUCAUUAUUAUUAUCUUUACAUUUCCAAUGUUUUGAUAUCUUUACAUUUUUUAGCGAUAGUCAUUUCCUCAUGAAUGCGAAGCAGUUGUGACAAUUGCAUGUUAGAAUCUUAAUAAACAUAGUAUGAAAUAUUUCUAUAUGGCUAGUAGUUGUUCAUGAAUUCUAUUCAAUCAUAUUAUUCCAGCAAUAAAUACUUCGUGAUAUACUAUA